GAAAACAUAACUUGAAGUAAAAACGGGUGAAGAAUGACGGUUUUUGCUUUUCUUUAUUGCUCAGACUCUUUUUUAUUCGUCAGUCACCAUAGGCAGUAACCUACACUUAGUGGUUUUUUUCUCGAAAGUCGGAAUUAGGAAUGCGAAAUUCAAUGCUCUACCGCGAUGGUACUACGGUUUGGACCAAGCUCGAGCGAUUUCUUGUUCAUCUUCAUAUUGGUGCUGUUAAGUGACUUGCUGAGAUCACCUGCUCUUAGUCUUAUAUUAUCAACCAUGAUUUGCAAACUCGGAGAUCAUAUGCAUAUCUUCAGCUAUGUUGACUAAACGCUCACUGCGUCGAAGGUACAUCACUGACGUGUUCACAUAUCAAGAAGUAUGGACGAGAUACGCCCAAUUUUCGAUCCACUGACACUUGCGGCAACGAACCCUGGAGAAGCGAAAGGGUGAUACGCAUUUGAUCAUUAUCAAUAAUCAACUUGCAGGAACGAGGUUAAAAGCAAAACUGCGAGUCGGUAAGAUCCUUGCUUCAGAGACCUGACAGUGAAAGCAUCUUUGCUUUGAUCUUUAGAAAUUCUAUAAAGAUGUUAUGAAAGACCUCUUCUAGAGAAUCACUCUCCAGCAGAACAUCACAUCCACACAUCUCCAAUAAAUCAAGCCUCCCACAACAAACAACCUUCGAAUAUAGUUACUCUAACAAUCAAUUUCAAAAUGAAGUUCAUUUACACCACCAGCAUCAUCACCGCCAUCUUGGCUGCUGUUGCCCCAGCUCUCCCUGUCGCUGAUGCCGAAGCUAAUGCUGCCAUGACCCUCGAGAAGAGAGGCAGUACUCAAUUUGCAGUCUACACUGAUUCUUCUUGUGGUGGUGGUGCGUUUAUCAUCACUGAUGGAGCUGCUACUACGAAAGGCAAUUUUGGCGCCACUCAACACAGUAUCAAGAUCUUGAGCUUGACUCCAAACUUCCACGUUACCUUCUAUACUGCUCUUAACCAAGGAGGUGACAAAUCCCAGUACGGAACUGCUUCCGUUGGAAGUUGUGUUACAAAUGUCAACUUCCUGAGUUACGGAUUCUACUCUGGAGCUUAAGAGAUGCGUUUUAGAGGAUCAAAAUGAAUUCUAGGAUUAGAAGAUGGCGUGGAAAGAAAACGCGAGGGAAAAUGAAGGGAAAUAGAGAAUUGAGGUAGUGGCAAUUUAAUCAGUCAUUCAUUCAUUUGGCUAGGAACGACUGUCUCCGAACUGCAGCGGGGAACCAACAGACUUCUUAUGUCCAUCUAAGCACUCUUUAACGAACUUUUACAACGGCUGUUUACUCUAUUUGUCUUAUUUCAAUCAAUAAUAUGAAGAA